AAAUGUUUAAUACCUAAUUUCAUAUAAUAAAAUACAAAGGAACAAGUGGGGAUAUGACAUCAUCAGCCCACCUAAUGAAUAUUCAUGAAGACAUGCCUAAAACUGUUUCACCGGAAUAAUGCAAACCUUUAAAUUCAAUAACUUCGUAAUUUAUCAUCCGAUUUUCAUGAAAUUUUCUGCAUUUUUCUUUGUAAAUUUUACUAUUUUUAUUGAGAUAUAAAUAUCUUCAGCUCGGAGCAUCCCUUUAAUGCUAAUUACGGAAAAAUGAGGUUUCUAAAGAUGGUAUAUAAUGGACACUCGCUGUAUGGAUGUAAGAGAAGAUCAUUGCACUAUCCAGGAAACGAGGACAUAAAUGACAGGAAGUCCAAAGUCCAGAUCGUGGAAUUCCCAAAGCAUUCAGUUUUGAAAGAGAAUGGCAUUUCUCAUGCAAUUAGUUUGGAUCUCAUAAUUUCUAUUUUGGUUUUUUUUUUCCCCCAAGAUUCCUAGAUUUUUUUAUUGAGAGAUUUAGAUGAAAGCCAAUAUCCGCUGAUUGAUUGAGGACCAUCUUAAAAUAUAUCGACGGUCAAGAAGUAAAAAGGCAGCAACAGGAUCCUGACCGGAUAAAACCCAAAUCGAAGCUAAAGGAGCAAUUUGAGUUAGCACACGCGAGUGGUUGUAAGCUUCUGUCGACCGUGAUUUUAUAAAGUAUCUGUCAAUGCCAGUGUAUCUAAUAUUUGAAGAUUCCAUCCCAUAACAUUAAUGAUACUGUUGGCUGCUAUCCCAAUGUUUUUUUUACUUGGAAUCCAAAACUGGAACUCUAAAAAUGGAAAGCACAUCGCCUAUUCACCUUCCUGUCAUAUUGGUGAUAUUGACUGAUGUCACGAGUUGUUUCGAAAAUUCAAUGUUGGAAACGUGCCAUAAAAUGGCAACUGCCUUCCAUUCACCCAUCUCAUCUGAAUGAAAUGCCUCUUCUAAAUAGUCACGCAUCCACCAAGAUUUCAUACGCUGCAGUCUUACAGAAUGGAAAAUAGGUUACUGGUUAAUUCGAAAAAGAGACCUUGACCACUAGACGAGAAAAUUCUAUUUGAAUCCAUAAAGAUGGCAGAAACAAAUGGAGCAUCACCACAAACACCACAAGGUGAAAGUGAUUGCGUUCCCCGACUAAGUACUGCAAUUGCGGAUAACCACGACCUGCAUGAUGAUGAUGAUAUCAGUGAUUAUGGACUAAAAAGAUUGUUUGAAUUCUCCAUACCAGUGUGUACCACAUUUUCUGACAUGUCGGGGGAUGAUUCUGGACAGUCGUGUGCUACAGAUGGAUCCUACUGUAUGAAUCGCGAAGACCUAGAGGGGAUAUCCCUGUUUGAAUCCAGAGAGACGGUAGAAGCAUCACAACAGCCGCAAUGUAGAAUAUGCCUUGACAAACUUAAGGAUGGCAGACGUCUAGCGUGCGACCAUUGCUUCUGUCGAACCUGUCUGGAAGAUCACCAGAAGUCCAACUGCCCCGAAGGCAAUGUAACCUGUCCUUUGUGCCGUCGGGACACCGACUUAGAAGAAGGACAGGUGGAGGGUUUACCAGCUGUACAUGACAGUUUGUGCAUUACCCAACUAACUACCGCCAUCGAAGAUCAUCAUGACCUCGACAAAGACAAUGCCAGUGAUUAUGGAUUGGAAAGACUGUUUGAAUACUCCAUACCAGUUUGCACCAUGUGUCCUGAUGCAGAUGAUGCAGGGGAUGCGUCCGGAGAGUCCUGUGCCAUGGCCGUCUCCUAUUGCAGAGACUGCGAAGAAUAUAUGUGUGAUUUGUGCCUGUCGGGCCACAAGAGAAUGAGCAAACUUUUCAUGGGACAUACACUUGUGUCAGUUCAGGAUGCACGAAGUGGCAGUUCUCCGAUUGGAGCUGAGAGAUGUAAUGUACACAAGAUGGAGACGAUAAAUUUCUAUUGCGGAAAGUGUGAUGUGUUUGUCUGUCAGAAGUGUGUCGUUGCUGAGCAUGAUAUUCGCAAUAUCCUCAAAGGAGAUGAUAUCAGGUUAGAAAGAAGACAAAACAUUGAUGCUCUUACGGUGCAAGUAAACAAAAAGAGAGCAGACAUGCAGAGAUACAUCAAGAACAUUGAAGGAAAGAGGCGAGUCAUUAAGCAGGUACUCAGUAAGGUAUUGGAAGAAAUAACAGAGGCUUAUGAAGCUGUUGUGCGAUGUCUGGAAGAACGAAAGACAAUGCUAGUGGAGGGUGUACGUCGAGUGGAGCAUGAAUGUGAUGACGAAAUAAAUGAUAUGAGGGACAAUGUGAGAUGUAGAAUAGUAAAUCUAUCCAGGUCCUGCAAAAUAUUAGAACAGGGAAGACAUGGAUGCCUGGAAGCCGAUGCAUUGCAAGCACACAUUUGUCUUUGUGAGGAAAUAAAGACCAAACUAAAUGUGAACUGUGAAACAAACCGAACCGAGGGGACUCUGGACAGGCUGCAGCGCAAUGCAAAUGCUGUCAAGUUUACCAGGGUGAAUAAUCGAAUUGUUUUCGGCCACUUACAAACAAGUGCAGCUGAAGCCGAACAGCCAUUGCAGAUCAACAAGUUAGUUUCUUUAGCUUUACUGGACGAUGGUGAUGAAAAAGAUAAUCACAGAGAAAGUAACCCUCUGCACGUGUCGAACGACAAUGAUCAUUGCGCUGAUGCAUGCAACACCCUGGUUAGUUUUAUGAAUGACAUUCCAGUUACCAAAAUUACUAAACCCCCGCCGUUUUGGCUUAAGAGACAUUGGACAAUGAUCAAGCUUAUCAAGUGCCCCUACUCGGCUCCAACCUGUUUGGCAACUCGAUCACCAGAAUCUGUAGUUGUUGGAUACUGGGACGAUCCAGCAACGGAAAUGUUUCUAGGUGAUCAAGGGCAUACAGACUUUCUACCAAGGUACAGUGCCAGGUCAGCGUGUAUUUCUUUUCUGCAGAACAUCGGCACCGUGAUGCUGUACAGGGAUAGUCGUAUAGUAGUGUACAACCCUGACGGAAUUAUCACUGAUGUCAGGUUUUUGACUAUCGGUACCCCAUGGUGUCUUGAUACCGAUGAAAACAACAUCUACAUCCUUACAAGGUCAGGCAACAUCAGUGCCUACCCUUUCUAUGGAGGACGUCCACUCCGUACCUUCAACACAGGACUGUCCCCAUUUGAUAUCCACAUCGGAUGUCAAUGCUGUGUUGUCCGAUCUGAGACCAAAGUUGUUGUCUUGUCAUUACACGACGGUUCAAUCAUCUGGAAACUGGAGACGGAUGACCAUCAAGAACGCCGAGUGGCAGUAGACAAAGAAAGUGAUAUUCUUUAUGUCGCAAGUUCACAGCAAGAACUCGAUGGUUUAUCCGUGUGCCUUCGGAGCUUCAACCUAUGCGACGGUUCACCCAGAGACUCCUUUGUGCUUCAUGUGGCAUCGGGGAAUCUGGUAGGCCUCAGUGUGAUGUCACCUGUCACACUCGCUCUCUGCACUACCAGCGCUAUUUAUAUCUUCAAGAAAGAUUGUCAGCACUAGUUAUUACAAAAUGUAUUAGUUUUCAAUGUACAAACAGUUUAACCGAUGUAAAGAAUUGCAUAUUAAGUGCAUUAACAUGUUUCUCAUCGAAUGAUUGGCUUAUUAGGCUAUUUCUUACAAUAACCUCAGAAGCAGUCAACAUGGCAGACGGAGAUCAGGGUUCAGUGACAAAUAUUUUGAAUAAUUUUUUAGACAUCGAAUUAGAAAUUAUUUACUUUUUUUAAACGAAAAUCCAAUCUUGCCAUUAAUAUUCAUGGAAUGAAAUGAUGAUUCACCCUUCUUUCUUCCUUUUCUUCAUCUUUUUUUUAUUGGUUGUGGAGCUUUUUCCGGGGGAGGGUUUAUAGUAACCCCAAGCCCAUUUGAAAAGAGUAAUGGACUUUCACUCGUGAUUUAGCAGUAACUUUUGAGUUGCCAUGGCGAUAUAAUUUCAUCAGCCUGCUACAUUCCCUCGAAGACGGCUCAAAGAGCGAUCCAAGAGGGGCGGAUCUACGACUACAAGGGAAGGGGCGGGUGAAAACUGCCGUUUGCCCUUUAGGCCUAUAUAUAUAUAUUUUUUUUUUUUUUAAGGAUGGAGGAAAGGCGAAAAUUUAAGAAAAAAUAAAUGAUAUCGGAUUAUUGGUCCACUAUUGGCAGCACAUAAAGCUACUUUGGUGUAUAAUGAUGUUGACGUUUGGCAUUGUAAAGCACCGGUAGUAUGUAGUAUGCCCUGAUAAUUCCAAUACCUCUAUGAUAUAAUUAUAGAUAUAGAUCAAUGCAUGGUACAUUAUUGGUUAGACAUUAUAAAAUCCUUUUUUCACCUUCUUCCAUGCAGUAAAGGGAGAAGGAGAAGAAAGAGAGAGAGGGGAAUAGAGGGAAGAGAGAAAGAAGAAAAUGGAGAGAGUGGGGGAGGUGUGACGUGUGAGUCUUUGUCGGUUGAUGAGAUCGCUUGGACGAGGAUGUGUUGAAAUUAAAAAGUUGAUAUCUCAAAUUGCAAACUUGUCAAAAAUAAUUUAUUAACGUUGAUACUUAUUAUUAAAUACUUUCCCCAAAUAUUUUUCUUAUUAUCUUGAUAUUAAUGAUUGUAAAUCAUAAAAUGAAUAAAAAUGAUUUGAUGGAUUGAAAUGAUCUAUUGACUCGGAAAAGAACAUAUAUAUAUAUAUAUAUAGCAUCUUGAACCUUCGUCCGGAUUCAGAACUGGUGUUUCAUUGUAAUCUGGUCUAUAGUUGUGAUUGAACUAUGGAUAGCCCC